AUUAAACAUUCAACCUUCAUUCGACUUUAUGAGACACAGAAAAUAUUCAUCCGCCGCCGGACAGACUCAAACUGAAUAAAACAAAACGUUUAUUUUUUUCUACAUUUACAAAAUUUUACAUAAAUUUUCAAUUAAAAUAAUAAUUCUGUAGAAAUAAUGGAUACCAACAAAAUUGAAAGUUUGAUUGUCUCCUUGUUUAAAGUGGAUGGCGUAAAAUUUGGUAGUUUUACGUUAAAAUCCGGCUUAGUUAGUCCGGUUUAUUUUGACCUCAGGGUUAUCGUUUCUUACCCUGAGAUUUUGAAAACUGUGAGCGAUCUGGUCGGCGAGGAGGUCGCUCGGCAUAAAGCGGCCGAAAAUGUGGACCUCAUUUGUGGCGUUCCUUACACCGCGUUGCCCGUCGCCAGCCUCGUCUCCGUCACGCAAGGCGUCCCAAUGGUUUUGAAAAGGAAAGAGCAGAAAACCUAUGGCACCGGAAACCUGGUCGAAGGAUCGUUCUCCCCCGGCGAUCGUUGCAUCCUUAUCGAAGACGUCGUCACGAGUGGCGGCUCCGUCGUGGAGACAGCCGACGCUCUGCGCCAUAUUGGUCUCAAAGUAGACCACGCCAUCGUAAUUUUGGACCGCUGUCAAGGCGCCGACUUCCACCUGGCUCGAAACGGCGUCGGAUUUACCGCCUUAAUUCGGAUGGAACAGCUGUUGAACGUUUUGCUCGGAAAAGGUCUCAUCGAUUCCCGCCAACGCGACCAAGUCGUCACUUUUCUCGCGGAAAAUCAACUCUUCGACCCCGCCUUUGCCGACGUCGUGUCGAAGAAGUUCUUGCCACGGGUAAAAUGCCCGCUUUCGGUCAAAUUGGUGGGAAUUAUGGAAAAGAAGAGCAGCAAUUUGUGCCUCUCGGUGGAUCUGGGCGGGUGGGAAGAGGUCCUCGAAGCGGUGGAAGCGGUGGGAUCGAAGGUCUGCAUGGUAAAGACGCACGUGGACACGAUUGGGUUGAAAGGGGUGAAAGUUAUUGCGGAAUUUUGGGGAAAAUUAAAAGCACUCUCUAUCAAGCACGACUUUCUGAUCAUGGAGGACCGAAAAUUUGGCGAUAUUGGAUCCACGACUUUAGAACAGUUGAAAUCUAAACCGUUCGAGAUUUCCAAGUGGGCCGAUCUCGUCACGGUGCAUGGCAUUUCGGGACCCGGCGUUCUCACCGCGAUCGAAAAACUCGGACUUGGCGAUAAAUUCGGGGCCGUUUUAAUCGCAGAGAUGAGUUCGGAGAAUAACAUUCCUUCAUUAUUGCCAGAAUACAAGAACCUGAUCUACAAAAUGGCGGAGGGUGAGUAUUCCCCCCUCGUGGCUGGAUUCGUAUCACAGGCACGACCACUGGCAGGAAAUUCGACCCCAUACGCCCUCCAAUUCACGCCGGGCGUCUCUCUUAAUUCUGGAACUGGGGGUGAUGGACUCGGACAGGUUUACAAUUCCGUGGAGAAUGCCGUUCUUCUCCGUGGAGCGGACGUGAUCAUUGUGGGGCGUGGAAUUCUCGCCCAACCGAAAGCAGAAUGGACCCAGGUCGCGGAACAGUUUCGAACAAGGGGCUGGGCCGCAUUUAAAGAAAGGAUUUCUUCCACUUUUGAUUAAAAAUAUGCAAUAUUUUUCAGAAAAUUUUGUCUUCCCAUUAAAAAAAUAUUUGAUAAAUA